AUGGACGAAGUAUGGGAUGUCGUCGUGGGCACCAAGAGUUCUGUCGACGAUUUGGUACCCAAAUCAGAUGAACUUUUAACUCAAACGCAAAGACAAGAGCGAGCAAUUGGACAGAUUCACAAUGACUUAAGAGUUAAAACCAAUCUUAUUAUUGAAAAUCUGGAUAUGGUGGAAAAGCGCCUUAAGAAACAAGAAGAUGAUGUUGCGACACUAGCACAAAGGCCCGUGCCAGCGGAACUGCUCCUGGAUCCUACCAUCGACAGACUUGUGGAAUAUGCACCCAAUAGAUACAGAUACGACGAGCUCUCAACGGACCCAAACACGAGCACUGUCGCGGCCACCACUCCUCCAACCUUCUCGUCCACAAUAAAUAACAGCUUGAACACUCCGAGCAGCUCCAGCAGUCCCAGCGGCUCGAGUGGAACAAACACGCCCGUAACCAUGGUGGCGGCGGGCGUCGGCAGCGCAAAUAGUAGCACGGUGGCACCGGGUGCCGCUAGUUCAGGUCCCCGUCCUGCCACCCGCAAAGGCGGCAUCAUCUUUCCAAGCGUUAAGAACAAACCCAUCAUCGGCAAUAACACUUUCGCCUCAGAGAUCGUCGCCAACUAUAAAGAUGUGAAAGGCUUUUCAUGCGUUGACCUCCUGAAUGCCGGAAUGCGGGACUCUGGUGUUUACUAUCUGCAAAUCCGAGGCACUACCUACUGGUUUCUAAAGGUGUUCUGCGAACAAAACGUUGCUGAUGGCGGCUGGACAGUAAUCCAUCGCCGCGACGAUUACGGUGUCCCAGCGGAAAAUUUCAACCGCGAUUGGAGCGAUUACAAAAACGGAUUCGGUGAUCCCAACAAAGAGUUCUGGCUCGGAAACGAAAACAUCUACAUGCUUACAAACAACGACGACUACAUGCUAAGAGUUGAACUUGAAGAUUUCGACGGCAAUAAGAGAUAUGCACAGUAUUCGCACUUCAAAAUAUAUUCCGAAGCGGAAUAUUACAAGUUAGAAAUCGACGGAUACGAGGGUAAUGCUGGUGAUUCACUUAACGACCCCUGGUAUGGGUCUAACAAUAGCCCGUUCUCCACCUACAACAGAGAUAAUGACCGAUCGUCGUUGAAUUGCGCGUCAAUGCUUAAAGGCGGCUGGUGGUGGAAGUCUUGCGGACGCGGCCUGAACGGUCUCUACCUGCAUGACCCACAAGAUCUUACCGCUCGACAAGGUAUCGUGUGGUUUCGCUGGAGAGGCUGGGACUACACUCUAAAACGAGCCUCCAUGAUGAUCAAGCCCAAAGGCCUACAAUCCAACACG